UGUUUUUCAGUGAGUUGACAAUGAUAGCUAUUGCAUAUCUUAUACUAUUUUGGCCGGCGGGAUCUUUUGGCCAAGGCGACCGGUAUAAUGGAACCAAGGAAGAUUCGAAUGCGACAUUAUUUGAAGUUACCGGUUAUCCCUUGACGGGUGACAUACCGCUACUUAAUCGAAAGAUAUUCCGAGGAUCUCGAGUAAAUAUAAGAGAGCAUCCUUACAUUGUGAGCAUACGUCGAAACAACUGUCACUACUUAACGGGCACUUUGAUUACGAAGAACCUUGUUCUAACAGUGGCGCAUCCUAUAAUAGGUGUCCCAAUACAACAUCUAAAGAUAGUUGCAGGAGAAAACUAUUCAGACAGAGGAACAUCACUAUUGACAGUAAUACUGGUCGUAGUUCAUCAAAACUUUGAUCCAUUUACGCUCAACGCGGAUUUGGCCAUGCUCAGGUUUUACGAAGAUGUUAUAUUCAAAUCGUCAAUAAAGAGCAUUUCGUUAAUAAUGCCUCACAAGCCAUUUUUUGACAGUGACGCGUUUGUUACGGGUUGGGGCAGAUGUGACUUAACGGACAAAGAACUCUGUCUGCCGCGUUCUUCGGACUGGUUCCCUGAUGAAAGAAUGGAUCCAAUGCUGAGAACCGUCUCGUUUCAUAUUGAUCGUGAAAAUUUUUACUGCGAUGGAUAUAAACAACAUGAUACGAAAGUGCGGCCAGGGAUGUUAUGUCUGGGUCCGGCUCGAGAAGAGAAACCGUCUUUUGCAUGUUUAGCUGUUCCCGGGGCCCCACUCGUGGUGAAAGCCAAAUUGGCCGGUAUUUUGUCCUGGGGGUUCGGUUGCGGCUACCUUCACGAUCUACCACUUCUAUACACAAGUGUUCAAUAUUAUACAAUGUGGAUAGCACAGAAUAUAAUAUCGUUUCGCAAGCUAUCCAUGCAAAACUUUUCUCAACUGUUCCAAGCAACAAAGUCCUUCAUAAUAUUGGAAUGGUUGGUAAAGAAUAGAGUUUCGAAACCGCCUUAUCAUCAACAUGGUGUCAGCUACAGAGAGUUGCAAAUGUUAGAACUGGACCGCGAACUUUCCAAGAUACAAGGUGAUCUGUACGAUAUUAGAGAUUUUAUUAAUAAAGAAGAACUGCAUUCAAAGAAACAACUAAUGUAUCGAGUUAUUAAGGAGGAACAAAUUAAAAAUAAAACGAAAAAUAUGGAAAAAAUUGUUCUAAUGCAGCAGUUGAAAAUAAAAACCUACCCAUUCAUAAGUAAUAAAACCUUAAUAGAUAUUAAUAUCAAAUAUGACGAUUACAAUAAUUCUGAUGAUGAUUAAAAAUUCGAAAUUUAGACAGUAGUUCAGCUAGAUGAGUAAACCAAUACCACCUUCACCUAUAACGUGGUUUAAACUUAUAUCAGCCUUUAAACUGAUAGAUGGGGUGCAGUGACU